CCCUGACUCACUUCUCCUCGUUGCGCUUCCUUUCCAAACCCCCUCCACAGUCCUUGAACAGAUUGCAAUCAUGGCCGAGGAGCAGUCGCACACCGCGCAAGAACAGGAUAUCAAUCCUUGGUCCGUGGAGGGUGCCCGCGACGAGAACGGAGAGGUGGUCGCCAUCAACUAUGAGGCCAUCUGUCGGAAAUGGAACACCUCCAUCAUUGACGACAAGCUCCUUGAGCGCUUCGAGAAGGUGACUGGACACAAGCCGCAUCGCUGGCUCCGACGCGGGCUGUUCUUCAGUCACCGUGACUUCGACCGCAUCCUGACCCUCUACGAGCGUGGCGAGCCUUUCUUCCUUUACACCGGUCGUGGUCCCAGUACCGGCAGUCUGCACCUGGGUCACACCAUCCCCCUGCAAUUCACCAAGUGGCUGCAGGAUGUUUUCGACGUCCCCUUGGUCUUCAUGCUUACGGACGACGAGAAGGCUUUGUUCAAGGAUAGCAUAACGUUCGAGGAUGCCAUGCACUUCGCCAUGGAGAACGCCAAAGACAUUAUUGCCCUGGGAUUCGAUCUCAAGAAGACCUUCAUUUACAGCGACUUGAAGUAUGUUAGCAACCACUUCCUCAUGAACGCCUGGGAGUUCGGAAAGCUGGUCACUUUCAACCAAGUCCGUGGUGCGUUCGGCUUCAACGAGAGCACCAACAUCGGUCGCAUCUUCUUCCCCUCCCUUCAGUGUGUCGCCGCUUUCGCUACCUCCUACCCUGAGAUCUGGAAGGACGAGCCCUCCAGCGAGCGUACCCAGGAGAUUGCCAACAUCCAGUGCUUGAUCCCUAUGGGUAUCGACCAGGAUCCCUACUUCCGUCUGCUCCGUGACAACGCCCACCGCAUGCGUUUCCCCUCCCCCAAGCCCGCCUUGAUCCACUCCAAGUUCCUCACUGCCCUGCAAGGAGCAGGCGGCAAGAUGUCCUCCUCUGACCCCAACUCGGCCAUCUUCAUGACCGACACUCCCAAGCAGAUCAAGACCAAGAUCAACAAGUACGCCUUCAGCGGUGGCCAAGUGAGCAUCGAGGACCACCGCCGCCUGGGUGGAAACCCCGACGUCGACGUUUCCUAUGUCUACCUUACCUACUUCGAGGAGGACAACGCCAAGCUGGAAGAGAUCUACAAGAACUACAAGAGCGGUGAGCUCCUGACUGGUGAGCUCAAGAAGAUGACCAUCGAGGUGCUGCAGCAGUAUGUUGCUGCGUUCCAGGAGAAGAGAAAGGAAGUCACCGACGAGGUGCUGGCGGCGUACAUGAAGCCCCGCAAGCUGGAGUGGAAGGGCAACCCCAACCCCGUUCCGGCCCCUGCCCCUGCCAUCCGCACUAAGAAGGAAAAGGAAAGCGCGUGACUAGUGAACACUGAUUGUGGAGUGAGUGGCUGGCUGCAGGAUUGGAUUUAUGAUGCUGGGGUUAGAUCCAUAUACCGUUGUCUAAUAUCCAAGCGAAGACAUGAAAGCGUUGAAAUAAAUAGAUUUGGUGUUCGGUUGCAUUGUGUAUAGAUUGUAUUCAUUAUCCUCUUUCAAGGA